AAAAAAAAAAAAAAAAAAAUUGGAUUAACUUGACAGGAUGUCGCACGACGAUGACGUUGGCUUUCUGUACAAAACUAUGAUUGAAAGAGAUCCAAAGAAAAGAAGGGUGAAACCAGUGGAAUCUGCCCAGACAUCGCUGUUAGAUUUCGAUCUAGAAGAAAGUUCAGACGACAGUGAUUUUAGAAUAGAAGAUCACUGCGAGGAGUCUGACGAUGACUCUGUUGACUCUAACAACGAUGGAAAAGAUGAAAAUGACGACGACGACGAUGACGAGAGUGAUUCAGACGAGUCUGAGGAUCCAUUAUUGGGCAAACAGAAAAAUGGGGAGCCCACGAGUUUGGGGGACGUCAUUGAAAAGGCCAAACAGCAGGCUGAAAUGGGCGGACCCCUGGAUGACAAAUUAUCCAAAAUGUUGAUAUGCUGUGGUUGUCUGGGCGACAGGAGCGACGAUUUCAACGAGAUCGUCGAGUGCGACGGCUGCGGAGUUACUGUUCACGAAGGCUGCUAUGGUGUGUCGGACGUUGAGAGUUUCUCCAGCACGGACUCGUUGUCUCAGUCGGCGCCCUGGUUUUGCGAGGCCUGCAGCGCGGGAGUCGAGGAUCCCAACUGCGAGCUUUGUCCAAAUAAAGGUGGUAUAUUCAAAGAGACUGACGUGGGCAAAUGGGUCCAUUUGGUUUGCGCACUUUAUGUACCUGGCGUUGCGUUUGGCGAGGUCGAUCGACUGACGAGUGUGACGCUCUUUGAAAUGGCGUACAGCAAAUGGGGAGCAAAGGCCUGUUCCUUGUGUGAAGAUGUGAGAUAUACCCGCACUGGCGUUUGUAUAGAGUGCGAUGCUGGCAUGUGUCACACGUAUUUUCACGUUACUUGUGCUCAAAGGGAAGGCCUACUCUCUGAAGCGCAUAGCGAAGAAGUCGACCAAGCCGACCCUUUUUAUGCUCACUGCAAGUUACAUUCGGACAAGGUGCUUGUUCGCAAACGCAAACGCAAUUGGCUUGCGUUACAGCUUCGAGCAACGUAUCGCGCGGAGAUGCUCAAAAAGCCAGAGUACCGAGAGACUGAGGAGUUUUUGAGGAUUCAGCGGAAGCUUACCAAACACAGGCACAAGUACCUCGCGCACAAAGCUACCAAGCCACCACCCUGGGUUCCUACACAAAAGAUGCCAAGACUGUUGACGACCUCGGCGUCCGCGUGCAGAAAUUUGUACCGCAAAGCCGAGCUGAUGGGCAUAGACACAAAAGUCCUGGAGACCCAGGAAGAACAGAUAGCUUCGCUCGUGGACAUUCGUAAAAAGUGGCACAUAUCGCCAGCCUUCAGUGUCGAGUUCAUCAGUUAUUAUUUGGACCGGCAAUCCCGUAGUAAGGCAAUGAAAACCCGUUUGGAGGAGCUACUCACAGACAACAAUCGGCUGUUGUCCGAGCAACAAGAGCUCGACAAGAAAUAUGACGAGGCGAUGAAGCUCAACGAGGACCAAGCAAGGGUUUGCGAUGAGUUGAGGUUGCGCAUUGAGGUCUUUCAUCGGGUACUAAAGGCUGUUGGUUACUCCAAGCCUCUGCCUGUCAUAAACGAAAUCGCAAAGCCAAAGCCAUUGCCUCCGACCCCUAGUACUCCAUCGAUAGCAGCUAUAAAAGCGGCUAGUUUGAAUUCAACUUUCAACAGUACACCGAGCAAAAGCUACGAGCCGUCGACUUUUGAUUUUAGCCACAUAUCAUCGAUAACGGCAAGUCCUGUGGUCGCAGCAUCAGUAUCAACGUCAAGUCUAGCAACGGCAGUUGAGAUUAAUCACAACGCUAGUGUGACGCAGCUCAGGCAUCAGUGCGGUAUAUGCAGAAGGUCGACGAACCAGCAUUUGCUGGUCAAAUGCGAUACCUGCCAGCUGCACUAUCAUCAGGGCUGUUUGACACCACCACUUACUCGUGCGCCCAAAAAAACGAAACUCAUGGGAUGGCAAUGCUCGGAAUGCGAUAAAGAAUCGUCGGACUCGGACGUUGAACGGAUCGACACAUCGGCGCCAAGACGACUGAGGCAUUGUAAAGAGGAAUCUAGUAACUACGCGGCCACGACGAUAAUCGAGGAGGCACAGGUGCAUAAGCCACCGUCCAGUAAAAUAAAAAAAACGUGCGAGUCGAAAAAUAAUGCGUCGACACCUACGCAUCUACCAGUAGCUGCGGUGCCAAUGCCAAUGGUGCCAGUUAUAACGAUACACGAUAAUGUGCCACCCGUGUCUCUGCACAACAACAGUAUUAAUGAAAACUCGAUUUCUCAUGUCAAUGCUGUUCCUUACACGCCGAAGGUAAUAAUCAAACCGAUGGGACCACAACCAAAAGAGCCGGAACUAAUAGAUAUUGAAGAAAUUAAUUACAAUCACCAUGCGGUUAAUAAUUCAAUCAUGUCCGUGAAGGAAGGCACUCCGGAGUAUAGACUGGCCCCUCUAGAUGGUGUUAUUGAUAAAAUUUCCGGUCGAAGUGGAAAGAAGAGGAGAAGAGAAAAGCAUAAACGAUACAGUCCAGAUCCGAUAACUGGAAUGAAACAGCGAAAACGAAAGCACAAACGAAAGAGCAUGGACAUGGAAAAUCCGGAAAAUCACAAUCCUCCCGAAGUCCAUCGGCGAAUCACAAUAAAAAUCAAACCCAUACCUCUACCAGAAGGUGAAAUAGCAUCGGACUCGAAUCCUCAGAUGUUUGUGGCAUCGUCAACAAGUACAGCGAUGACACCACCACCACCACCACCAACUUUCGUACCUCCACAAACGCAUCCAUUGCAGCUAACAAAAUCGCCAGCCAAGCCACAGCCACCAAUCCAAACUGCACCUUUGCCAUUCGUACCCUCGACGCCUUCGCCAACUACUGUACCAAUUAUGCAUCCUAUACGUCCCAUAGUAGCACCACCCGAAGUAGUAGGAGGGCGUAGAGUGUCUCUUGGUAACAAGAAAUCUAAAGAAGCGGAAAUACUCUUAGAGUGCACCGUUUGUAAAACUAUGGGCAGUGGUCAGAAUUCUGUUACGUGCGAUGAAUGUAAGAGAUGCUAUCACUUUACGUGUCUCGAUCCUCCUGUCAAGAAAUCUCCCAAGAGACGAGGUUAUUCCUGGCACUGCGCUGACUGCGACCCUAGUGCCUCUGAACCAGAGAACUAGCAGCACCUAGACUGAAAUACAAUGGAGCCCACAAACAGAACUGUAUAAUUUUGUACAUUUAUCAAGAAAACAAAAAGAUGCAAAUGAUUCAUAACAGUUAAGUGUACGCGUGUGUUAGGUAUGCCAGGUAUAGACAAAUCAUGCGUAUGAAACUAAAAAUUCCUCAUGACCCUUUUCUCCCCUUCGACGCUUAUACCGACUGCAUGGCUCUGUAAUUAUUGAAAAAGGAGUUACGUGAGUAGACUUGAUUGCACAUAAAAGUGAAACUGGGUGAAUGUGGUAGUUUCUUUGUAGUUAUAUAAUGGACUGCUCUUUUUUGUUGUUCUUAGGGAGCAAAUAAAAAUAGAAAAAAUCAGUAAGUGUGCAAAACUGAGAUCGUGUCUGAAAUUUUUUGGAGAAAAAGACGAUCAAUCGGUUUUGAUGAACUCUUGAAAAGUAUUGUAUUCGACGACUAGUUAUAUAUAUAUAAAUAUAUAUAUACAUUAAAAAGAAAUUGUCUGGUCUUGCAAGGAGGAUCAC